AUGGCAGGACUACCGCGAGAGUCGACAUUCAUGCCGACGAUAAAAUGUUCACAAUGUGGCAAUGAGGUCGAGAUCUCAAUGAUGGGCGAUCAUAUCUGCGGUGGCGCACCCGCACUACCAGAAGAAGCAACACCUCCACCAGAUGUCCUGGGAGGCGCAUUCGCGUCGCUCAAGUCGACAGUAUUCGGCUUUGGUAGCAAGGCAACACCGCCACCUAGUGUUGAUACUUCGGCAGCCAACCUAGCUUUCAAGGAUCAACUCACGCCAGUGAGUGCAUCGACUGGGUCGAGAACCAUCUCACCAAAGACACCGACUGGACGGACUAGUACAGGCCCCAGCGGCGGCGACUUCUUCGUACCAGCGAUAGCGCAGUCGACUCCACCGCCGCAAGGCGGGCGACCAGGCGGCUAUGGUGGAUUCGGGGACCCUCAACCCUACGAAGCCGAGCCAAUGUAUGGGUAUAGCUCGAGUCCGCAGAAAGCAGCACCCCUGGCACCUAACGUAUUGCAAAGAAUGAACUCGAUUGCGCCGGGACCAUUCGAAAUAAACCGACGAGCAGGGCAAAAGGGUACGAAGAACGCAUUCGCACCACCGGCGGACACGCUGACGCCAAACCUGGAUGACGGGUCAAGAAAUGGCUACGGCAUGGAGAGGCCGGGCACUUCGUCAUCCAACAGCGGCAUGGCACCCCCUCGUGCACCACGGAAGAAUGGGUACGGCGGGUUUGGGCCGCCCCAGAGAGAGCAGGAAACCGAGUUCGACCCGCGGCCACUCCCCGCCACACAGCGUGCAGAGACUUUCCCGAAGCAAAAUCCCCGGGAUUUCUCUGAUGCACCCUUGCGCAUUCCCUCGGAGUCAGGACUCCGACCAGAACGCCCCCAGAGAAGUAACAGCGAAUACAGCAUUGAGCAGCCGAUCAUGACGGCCGACCGUCAGCAACGGCCAUCCUUCGGAAUGCGAGAUACAUCCCGGCCUCCGCCACCGCGGAAGAGUUUAAUACGGCCGCCUACCCGUGAGCAGACGUUGUCCGUAAACCUGGCAGACGAGUUUGGGAUGGGAAACCCAUACCACUCGCCAUCCGUCUCGCAGUCGUCGAGCAAAUCUGGGUACAGCCAGCUGUCGCAGCCUAGUGUGCCGAGUUCGAAUACAAGUCCGGCACGGUCAACUGCGUCGAGGAGGAUGCCAUCCGACGCAGCAAAAUUCGACGGAAUUAUGGACGAUCUCUCAUCUUCCAUGGGCUCGCUGAACCCCAGAGAUAUUCCGCCUGCACGCCCUCAGCCACCACCCAUGGAUAGCAGGCCCUCUUCGCGGUCCAGUAGCCGCCAUCCGCCUCCGGAUAACCUUCGAUUCGAUCCAGCGAUUCAAGGCGGGCCACCACCGCCGCGGAUGAGGUCACCUCUAGCAUCACCAAUAGACGGGGCGUUUGCGAGUCGCAGGGAUCCAGCAAUCCAGGGGCCGCCUAUUGACGCCGGUAGAAGCCGCUCACCAGUCGGUCGCCCGCACAACAGAAACCAGUCCGUGGGUCGGCCUCGAGGGAACUGCAAGGCGUGCAAGCUGCCUAUUACCGGCAAGUCUAUCAGCUCUGCCGAUGGGCGUCUCACCGGACGCUAUCACAAAGCAUGCUUCGUGUGCACCACAUGCCAGGAGCCCUUCUCCUCGUCGACAUUUUAUGUUCUGGACGACAAGCCGUAUUGUGAGCAGCACUACCACAAGCUGAACGGCUCGUUGUGUGGCACAUGUCACAUCGGCAUCGAAGGGCGCUUCCUCGAGGACGAGGCGAAUACCAAGUACCAUCUGACCUGCUUCAAGUGCGCAGACUGUGGCCGGAUUCUCAGCGACGGCUAUUUUGAAGUCAAUGGUAGGGCAUACUGCGAAAGAGACGCCUUCAGGCGCGUGCAACAGCCCAUGAUGAAUAUGCCCCCUGGACGUGGCGGGCGCGGCGGUCUAAAGCCCCCACAGAACGGGCGUCCUUUCGGUCUUCCGCAAGGAGGACGGCUUGCUCCUUCAGGGCUGAGACCGAGAAUGGAAAGGAGGAUGACGCGACUAGGAAUGAUGUGA